CGCAGUACUUUUGUUGAAGGCGCUCAAACGGCAGCCACUAUAGUGACCAUCAAUAUUAAUCAUAUUAUCUGUUAACAAACUUCGAUUGACUAAAUACUAUGUCUCGAACUUGGCUUAGCCCUGGCGUAGCCUACCUCACGCGGGGUUUGCUUUCCGUCGUUGUUCCGGCCGCGUCCUCCGUUAUUAUCGUAGUUCGCCUGGCCUCUCUAAAAGGCGUUCGAAUUUCUCCCUGGCUCAUAUCUGCAGUGGUUUUGGGUGCAGCGCCUCUCGGGUUUGCAGCUUACGUUCUUGCGGAUGAGAUAUCGCAAAAACGAAAGGCCAACCGACUCGGUGCUAGACUUGUUCCUCGUAUCCAUGGAAAGUUACCUGGAAAUCUGGAUAAGGUAGUGAAGAUGGUCCUGAGGAACGAGAAUGAAUACCUAGGUACAGCCUUCAUUUCAUGCAUACCAUGUUCGUGCUUUACGGAAUCAUACUUUUGUCUAGGACGACCUAUAGAGGACGAGAUAAAGGUACUCGGGCCGACCAUCAAUUUUCGUUUUUUCUGGGAGGACCUCAUUUUGACUACGGAGCCACAACACAUCAAGACUAUUCUCGCAACUGACUUUGAUAACUAUGUUAAAGGUGCCAAAUUCAGAGAAGCAGCUGAUUCUGUCCUUGGAACGGGCGUAUUCAAUUCAGAUGGUGAAAUCUGGAAGCUUCACCGAACCAUGACACGGCCUUUCUUCACUCAUGAUCGGAUAAGUCACUUUGAGAUCUUUGACCGUCAUGCGGAUCAUGCUAUCACUUUGGCGAAGAAACGUUUCAGAGCGGGCUUGGCAAUUGACUUCCAAGAUCUUAUAUCCAGGUUUACGCUUGACUCUGCCUCAGAGUUCCUAUUUGGACACUGUAUCGAUUCACUUUCUGCUGGACUCCCUUAUCCCCAUAACGCCAUAGAAUCCACAAAUGCUAUUCAAGGAGACAACGCUGCUGCAACCUUCGCAUAUGCUUUCUCUCAAGCUCAACAAGCAAUAAAUCGGCGUGUUUCUAUCGGGCAGACCUGGCCACUGGUUGAGAUUCUUGCUGACAGCACCGAGCAACAUAUGAAAGUGGUAAACGCGUUUUUAGAUCCGAUCCUCAAAGACGCUCUGGAGAAGCGUAGCACCGCUGUCGAAUUUGACAAAAAUGAGUUCGCAGACGAUCAAACCCUUGUAGACCAUCUCGUAAAUCUGACGUCAGACUUCAAAAUUAUCAAAGAUGAGACAUUAAAUAUAUUACUGGCCGGAAGAGAUACGACGGCCUCAACAUUAACAUCAGUUAUUUAUUUGUUGGCAAUGCAUCCAGAGUUCCUCACUCGGCUCAGGGAAGAAAUUAUAUCGAAGGUUGGGCUAACCCGCAGACCCACUUAUGAUGAUAUCAAAGAGAUGAAGUAUCUCAGAGCUGUCCUCAAUGAAACACUACGCCUUUUUCCUGCUGUCCCCUUUGAUAUAAGAGAAAAUAUAUGUGACACUACAUGGAUAUCCCCCGAAGAUGGGAAGAAGCCGCUAUUUAUCCCAAAGGGGACCAUGCUUAGCUAUUCAGUGCUCCUUAUGCACCGGAGAACUGAUCUAUGGGGACCAGAUGCAUUGGAGUUCGAUCCGGAUAGAUGGCUUGACGAGCGCGUGAAGAAAUACCUGAUUCCCAAUCCCUUCAUUUUCCUGCCAUUUAACGCGGGACCCAGAAUUUGCUUAGGGCAACAAUUUGCAUACAACGAAAUGUCGUUCAUGGUCAUUCGUUUACUGCAAAACUUUUCCGCGAUCACACUAUCCCCCGAGCCCGCGAUGCGCCCACCUGCGUGGUGGGCUGAAAAAGGUGGUCGGCAGGCCAUCGAGCAAUUCAGGCCGAGAAACCACUUGACACUUUAUGCUAUGGGUGGUAUGUGGGUUAAGAUGGAAGCUGUAGAUGACGGCGAAGUCAUAGACUAAGUAUAGUCUUGAUGCUGUGGGACAAUAUUACCAGGUCGUUCAUUUUUUUCUUCCAUUUUGUUGUUGUUCUUGAUUGUAAACAUACGCCAAUGCGUGACUUUGUUUCAGAGUUACAGGAAACGCUUGACAGGUACUCUCCAGCUGACUUCAGUCUGUGGUGAUCGCGAGUCUCACAGAUUCCAAUCGCUGGUAUCUCACUUGUACCGCUAUUUUUGCUCUCCAUUUUCAUGUCGUAAUAACAGUAGGCCCU